CAUUGAAUAUAUCACCGUUUAUCAGUCAGAAAUAACUAUCAAGUUUGAAACCAAUAGAGUUCGAACAAAACUAGUCAUUAUUAUUAUUAACUUAAGCCCUUCGAAGGGUUAGGGUAAAUAUAGGUCCUUGAUGAACCUUAGUAUUGUGUUCAAAACGAUGCAGAAGUUUGUAGCAAGAAUUUCUGAUUGAAAAAUGGUUAUGUCCGAGCUGAGGAGCCAUUUAAUGCGGCUAUUUGGUCCACUGAUGCCUAUAUCUACUCCGGAUGCAACUGUCUCUACAUAAUUAUCUACAAACUGUACCUACUCUUCUACGUCUUCAACAAGCAUCAUCAAGUCUUCCAUUAGCAGUGUCUAAUCAUUUGCCAGCAGUAGCAGCUUUUACAAACAGCCAGUAACCUUCUACAAACUGUAUAUAAUCUUUGAAAAGCUGUUUUUAGCCUUUUAAAAAUAGUACUUUUAGUUCUUUAAAGCUAUAUAUUGUCGUGUUAGUCUUGUAUUGGUUGUAAAUGUAGCACUCAACAUAUUAACUAAACAUUACAACCAUAGUAACUUAAUUUUUUUUCAAUAAAUAUUUGUCACUUCAAAUUACAAUAAAAUAAAUAUGAGUGAAUCUGAAUAUUCAAGAAAUAUAAAAGGAUCAUAUGAUUUUCAACCUCAAUAUGUAAAAGAAGCAGCUUCAAUAUGGAAAAGAGCGUUAAUGAUUUCUUGUGAAUCAGUUUGGUGUACAAUUAUAAUAGCGGGAAGUGUUUUUAGCGUCUUAGAAAGUCUUUAUCGAUCAAUACGUAGUGCUUGUUAUGAAAGAGACGUUCCUUUAUUCAUCGUAAUUGACGUAAUAUUCGGCAUUGAUAUUGUUUUGUACCUUUCGUGCUUAUGCGUUCCAAAAUUGAAUAUUCCCGAGGUGAAUUUGGGGUUCCGAUCAAAAUUGACGGUAAUUUUCGAAAUCAUAUCGUUACUACCGGUGCAUCUUAUUAUCCCAACUGAAACUCAACGAGAACGAAACGUUUAUUGCGUUUUUCGGGUUACCAGGUCGUUAAAAGUCGUUCGUGUGUUUAGUUUUAUCUCAUCAACGGGGAAAUAUUUAACAAAACCUGGAUUAGUUGUUGCGAUACAAUUGCUUUUUACAGCUUUUUUUGUUACAACGUUAACUCAAGCGUUAUAUUACAACUGCAGAUUGCUUAUUUAUGAGAUCAAAAUUGGCCCGUAUGAUGCUUCGGUUCUUUUUGAAAAUAUAACGUUAAAUUUGAUAAGUGGAGGAAAAAGUGAUGUUCCUGGAGAUGUUACUUGGGAAUUAUUUAUGUUGAUAGGAGUUAUUGUUUCGUUGUAUUUUGCUAAUGCGCGCAUGGCUGCUUUUGUGGUGGGAGCCGUUAAUGGUUAUACUCAAAGGGUUGAGUUUAGGCAGCGUUAUUCAACGGCUAUGCAAAGAUUUUUAAGUUAUGGAAAUAUGAGUUGGUUGGUGAAUAACACAAAUGAUAUCUUUGAGGAAUUUUGGAAGCAAAGGGGUGGGUAUGAAAGUACUACGGAUUGUUUAAAAAUUUUACCCCCAACUAUAGGGAGCUUUAUUCAGUGCAAUAUAGCUUACCCCGCUUUUAUACAUUCAAGAAUGUUUAGGAGGAUGAAUUACGUUUUUUUGAGACAUAUCUCCCAAGCGAUUGAAGUAAGAUAUUAUUUUCCGGGGGAAUAUGUUUAUAGAUUAAAUCAACACAAAAAUAAAAUGAUGUAUUUAGUUCGAGGUGUAAUCCAAGUCUUAUCAGACGUGGAUGGUAUCACGCCACUUUUUCAAUUUACUUCCGGUACAUGCAUCGGUGAUAGCACGUUGUUUACCAGUUAUAAAUCGACGACCGUUGUCCAAUGUAAAACUUAUUGCGAAUUUUAUGUGUUAAAAAUGAAACAUUUUCAAAGAGAAUUAUCUAAAUUUACACAAGAACAAACGUUUAUGAGAAAAUUGGUGCGAAAACGAUACAGAAACGCAAUGGAAUUGAAAUCUUUGUGGGAUAACCACGAUGGAAAUAGCAAGGAUAGGCAAAGUAGAUACGUUUCAACGAGUUGGUUAAAAAACACUCUCCACCGAUUGAUGUCUUCCAAUAAAAAUUCGGUUUUACAACACGAAUUUCAAAAUAUUCAUUUAGUUAAUGAAUUUAAAUUGAAAUAUUUUGAUAUGAAAAUAUUUACGGCUUUGUAUCUCGAUACUUUAGCGAUUGAUGAUAGGUUGUCGACACAUAAAGAAAGGUUGUUUAUAAAACGUACCUUUCCAAUGUUAAUUCAACCAAAUUCUAUUGGGGCUUAUAUUUGGGAAGGAGUCGUAAUGACAUUUACGAUUUUAUUAUUAAUUGCAAUGCCUUAUACGGCUUUUGUGUUAGAAAAGAUGUCAUCUUGGUAUAUGCCGUUAAAAAAUAUUGCGACAGCAAUUUUUUGGUUCGAUAUUCUUGUUAUUUUAAGUACGAGUAUUAAAAAUCGAAGUGGGUAUUGUUAUAAUUAUAAAGAUAAUGUUAUUGCUCGGUUUCAAACUGUUUCUUUUUGGUUAGCGGUGAUAGCUUCGUUUCCAAUGGAGAUUUUUACACCAAUUUUUUUAUUUAAGUUAAAUAAUAAAAGUAUCGUUUUGAUGCACGUUAAUCGGUUGCUGAAAAUAAUAAGAUUAGUUAGAUACGUUACUGAUCAACAAAAAAAUUAUAAAUCUAAUUUAUUAUUAUCGUGGUUAUUAAUUUUGACUUUAACUCGAUUUUAUUGGAUUUACCUGCUUUAUUUUAUAAUGAGUUAUUAUUGUGAUGACACUUUGAAGGUGAAUCCAAUAGAAAUUUUUGUUAAUGCUUUCUUUUAUGCAAGUAGUGUACCCGGGAUAACAUCGCCAGAUCAUUGGAUUUUUAUUAUAUCGAAAUAUGUUAUUGUAGGAUUGUGGGUUUGGAUAACUUCAGGAAUUUGCGCAUCAAUAAUUUUGUAUGAGAAAAACAUUUUGGAUGUGCAAGAGAUUAGUUUCCAAUUGAUGCAACUUGUUAGCGAACACAAGCUUAAUUUAACCUACGAUAGAUUACAAAAUUAUUUAACAGCUCAAUUUUUAGAUAACGCAACUCUUCAUUUCUACGAUUCGAAAUUUAAUAUCUAUUACUCAAAACACUUCAAAGGUGAUGUUAUUUGCAGUUUAGUUUUAGAUAAUAUCGAAAAAGCGACGUGUUUGUCGAUUUUCGAUGAAGAUGUUUUGUUGGAAAUUUCAAGAAACGCACAUAUAAGACUUUAUCCUUCCGAUGAAAUUAUAAUUCAAGCUGGAGAUGUCGCCGACGCGAUUUAUAUCCUUAAAGAGGGAAGUUGCGAUGUGUUCCACCGUGAUGGAGAUUUUAUGAAAUAUAUUGAUGUCCCAUCGGAGCUAAACUUAAUAGAAAAUAUUUUUAAGACGCCUUCAAUACACACCGUUAUAUGUAGAGCGAAUUGUGUGGUUAUUAUAAUAUUGAAGAGUGAUUUUCUUUCGAUUUUAAAGCGAAAAUGGGAUAAAUGGUUAGAAAUUAACGAGAUUAUUAAUAAUUCCAACGAUAUUAAAUCAGGUUUAUAUAAUCUCGGCGAGUUUAAUCAUCAAGAAAUAAGAAUUAAAUCAAUGCUUAUUAAUAUUACUAAACCUUGGAGUUUUAAAGUAUUUAGGAAUGUAAAUGUGAUUGGGAGCUUUGAAGAAUAUGAUUAUUAUCAUCCGUUCGAUUCGUUAUUAAUGUUUAGUUUUAUACGAUUUUUUUUAAUGAAAGUAACUUUUCACCCGGAAGGUAAAUUUUUGUAUUUUUGGGAAUCGCAAAGGAUUUUUUUCGCUGUCUUAUCAUGUUUGGGAUCAUUUUGUGUCCCCAUACUAAAAUCGAAGUCAAAAUUUUAUCUUAUUUUCCUCGAUGUAACCGCAUUAAUUGAUGUUUAUGUCCGCUUGCAUGUUGGUUAUUAUCAAGAAAAUGGUGUUUUAGUAACGCACCCAUUAAAAACAUCGGUUCAUUAUAUAACUCACGGAUUAUUAAUCGAUUUAUUAGGAAUACUACCAGUUAGAUAUUUUUAUAAAUAUUCCGUUAUUACAGAAGUUUUUUUUAAUUCAUCGCGAUUGCUUCAAUUACACCGUUACAUCCAAUUUUUGAAUUAUUGCAAAAAUGAUAUAUUAAAACCCACGAAUCGAAAAACAACGAUCUUGUACAUCCCGUUAAUUUUGAUUUUAACCAACAUCCUAGCUUGCACGUUAUUUUUGUUAGAAUGUAACAUAACUGAAAAUGAAAAUAAUUAUCUCACAAACAACCUAACAUUAAUUGGAUUUAAAUGUAACGAUCAUUCUUUAUUGGCCUCAUCACACUACAAAAAUAAAAUAACCUUAUUCGACGCCCAUUGGUACCUACUUUGGGUUUUAACUUCUUUAAUGACCGAUCGACACUUUAUUGGGUACUCGAUAAAAUCGACUCAUUCUUUUAUGGUUCUAGCUUUGGUGAAGGUGUUUUCGCUUUACAUAAACGUAAUGAUUUUUUGUAGGAUUUUUACUUACUUUUCAUUUCGCGAUACCGAUUUAAUCGAAACCCAAAUUUCAAUGCAACAUUUGAAACGUUGGUUAAAUCAAACCGUACGCAGCCCGAAACUAACGAAAACGAUGAUUGAUACGCAAAAAUUACGCUGGGAACGAAGAAAUCACAUGAGAAUGUCGAAAUUCGUCGCGCCGUUUAACCCCGUUUUAAAAGCCGACGUUUUGGAGGAAUAUUUUUCGAAAUUUUUUUAUAAUGAAAAAAGUCUUUUUGGUAAAGAUUUUAAGAAGUUUUAUCGAAGUAUGUUGAAACACGUUUCGAUCGAUGUUGUGAUUAAAAAAGGAUUUCUUCAAACUAUAAAUGAUAUUGAUGAUGAGUUGUAUAUUCUUCUUGAUGGGAUGGGGGAGGUUAUCGCCGCUGAUGGGACUAAGUUGGCUUCGCUUGGUAAUUCGAGUUUAUAUGGAAAUUUAACCGAUGAAGAUUUCACCAGGUUAAAAGUUAGCGUAAUCGCAGUGACUAACGUACAAAUUUUGAAGGUAAAAACGAAAAUUUGGAAUCAAAAGAUUAUGUUUUAUCCCGAUUUAGAAAAGGAAUACAAAAAAUAUCGCAAUAGAUGUUUGUUUUAUAUUAAAAUGAAUCCUGAGGAAGCGUUUUUAAAGAAAUUAAAGAGGAUGAAAGAAAUUAGUAGUGCUACUGUACCACUUAUGAUGGGGACAACGUCGAUAAAUACGCGUUUAUCGAAUAUAAUCGCAAAAACUUAUUUAUUUUUUCCUUGUUAUAUCGGAGUUUUAACAGAUAUGUAUCAAUUAACAGUCAUGGAUUUUUCAACUUGGGUUUAUUCGAUUCAAUGUUUUUGUGAUGUCGCUUUCGCCGUUGAAAUAAUAAUGUUGGAUCGUACAUCGGUAUUAAAUAAAUACGGAUUUAAAAUACGCGAUUUAACAGCCAUUAGGAAGAAAAAUAGGAAGAAUACAUUUUCAAAUUGGAUUCGAUUAUUUACUGUAUGGCCUUUUGAUCUAAUCGUUUUUCACAUACCCACAGCUAGAUAUCCAACAAUGAUAAUUUUCCUUAUUUUGAGGUUUCCAAAAUUGUUAAGAAUCUUUUUAUUCAACGAUUAUUUAUUAAAAAUACGAACGGGAUUCCUCCCAAAUUUAUUUUGGUACCGGAUGGUUCAUAUUUUUGGUUGGUUAAUUACGUUUCUUCAAUGUUGCGUUUUUAUGAUGAGUUUUAUGUGCUAUAUGGAGGUAAACAUCAACGUGCAUGUACCAAGUUGUCGAGAAAUCUUCGAUUUACCCCCAAACAAAAAAUUUUCUCUUUAUAUACGCUACAUGUUUAUCUUAGUAAAAACUUACGCGCAAAUGCUACAAUAUUUAUAUUACCCAAUUUGCGCUAAUACUUAUGUAAUGUUCACGAUAAUGAUGUUGGUGAUGAACUAUUUAUUUUGCGUUUUAUCCGCACGAACUUUCUCAACAUUUUACGAAUGGUUUGUUAUUAAAUGUAGGUAUUUCCACCUGUAUGAUCACCUACACAAAUUCUUAAACUACGAAAAUGCAUCCGUUGCAAUAAAAGAUCAAGCUUUAAAUUAUGUAAAAACGUUUUGGUUUAUACAUCAAGGGGAAUACUUCCCAAAUUUAGUAAAAAAUGCAACGCCGUAUUUAAAAGACGCUCUUUAUAACCACGCUUACGCCUUUCUUCUUUAUAAAUCGGAUGUAUUUGGUUCAUGCCAUGAAGAUUUCCUUCGACAAGUUGUUCAAAAAUUGGAUAGUCGCGUUUAUUUAGGCGGACAAUUUAUACAAUACGCUGGAGCUAUUGAUUCUUGUAUGUAUUUUUUGUAUCAUGGGCAAGUAACCGUUUUGGAUGAUAACAAAAUUGGAAAAGAUGCAAAUAUAAUUUGGCUGAAAAAAGGAGCAUCUUUUGGAAUUGAAGCUGGGUUAUUAAGAGGAACCCGACAUAAAUAUUCUUAUCGGUGUGUUAUAAGAUGUGUCAUUCUCAGUUUAUGUCUCAACGAUUGGGAAUAUUUGUUAGAAUACUUCCCAGCUAGUAAAGAAUUUAUUUAUACUACCAUUAAAAGUUAUAACGGAGUAUAAUUAAUAAAUAUAAAUCAU